GUUAGUCGACUUUAUUUAAGACGUUAGACCGGAAGUCUCUUCCCUCACUGUGAGUGACGUUAACUUGACGGCGCCGUCGGAGCGGGACUGUGGAUAACACAGCUGACAGUUGGAGAACUGGGUUAGGUUAGUUAUCUGAUCACUUUCGCUUUGGAGUUUGGAGUUCAGUUAUCGAUCGGCCUAUAUCCACAGCUCGACUCUCCGGGAGGGCCGAUUCUUUAUGAAUCCAUCAAAAACACUGAGCCGUGACCAUGCUGAAAAUACCCACAGCGACACUUUGCCUUUGUUUGUUGACUGUGUUGGACACAACUGUGUUCUUGGGAACUUGCUCGCAGGCCAACGACAAAGAUGAAGAUGCUUUCACCAUCCAGCACUCGAGCACAGGGCAGUGCCUGGGCACAGGGGCUUCAACAGACUUGACUCUUGCCUCCUGUGACCCAAAAAGCAACUCCCAGCUGUGGAAGUGGGGUUCAGGUCACCGUCUCUUCCAUGUGCACACGACCCUCUGCUUGGCGUUGGACGUCCGCACCAAGGCAUUAUCCCUGGUCGACUGUGGCACCAACAUCCUGCUGUGGUGGCGUUGCCUGGAUGGAGCUGUGUACACUGUUUAUGAAAUGGGCUUGACGGUCAGCAAUGGCAAAGUCACCACCAAACGGGACACUAAUGAUACUUGGGUGAGAGGAGGAUCCCAGGACAGCAUCUGCCAGAAGCUGUACCGCAUUGUCCACACCACCGGUGGGAACUCUGCUGGCUCUCCCUGUGUGUUUCCCUUCAAAUACAAUGGCAGCUGGCAUCACGGGUGUCUCCCAGAUGCAGAUUUCCCUGGACUGUCCUGGUGUUCCACAUCAGCGGACUAUUACCAAGACCAAAAGAGGGGACACUGUCUAACACCUGAGGAGGGUUGCCAGACUCUGUUUGCCGGGCCGGAAGAGGAAUCCUGCUAUGAGUUUGUAUCCAGUGCCGCAGUGACCUGGCAUGAAGCUCUGGAUUCAUGUCGUAGUCAGGGAGCUGAUCUGCUGAGUGUGUUGAGGCCUGAAGAUCUCCUCACCAAAACCUUACUGGAGGGCCUUGAGAAUAUGCCUGAGAGGAUGUGGAUCGGCCUUCACCAGUUAGACACCUCUCACGGCUGGCAGUGGUCAGACGGUUCCCCUCUCUCUGUCCUGCGCUGGGAAACAGGAAUGCCAUCCACCUCGCUGAUUUUUGAGUCAGACUGUGGAGUACUUAACUCCAAACAGAACUACGAAUCUGAGUCGUGCAACAAACGGCUGCCAUACAUCUGCAAAAAGAGCAUCAACACCUCUCAACCAGCUACAACAGAGCCUUUCGUAUAUAAAGAAACACAGUGUGGAGACGGUUGGGUCCCCUGGAAUGGUUGGUGUUACAAGUUAGUGAAGGACAAAUCUGGAAGCUUUACAGAUGCCCAGAUACACUGUAGCAGCACAGAGGGAGCAGGGGAAGGCUAUCUGGCCAGCCUCCACUCUGUUGACGCUAAAGAGAUGAUCAGCACCAACUUCCAUGCAGAUGGCCAGUUGUUGGAUGUGUGGAUCGGUCUGAUCGGUACCGGCGUGAACCCCACUGUCUUCAAGUGGAUCGACGAGGGGCCUGUCACCUUCACCUACUGGGACCAAAACCAACCAGUCCAACCCAUUUUGGAUACCAGCUGUGUCUUCUACUCUGGAGAGUCUCAUGGUUGGAAGAUUGGGAACUGCACACAGAGGCUACCCUUUAUGUGUCAGAAAAAAGGAAAGGUCAAUGAAUCAGCUACACAGCCCGGAUGUCGCUUUGAAGAUGGCUGGAGGAGGCACGGCAACUCGUGUUAUCAAGUGAACACCAAACAAGUAUCCUUCAAAGAUCGCUGCAACAUCACUAUUAGAAACAGGUUUGAGCAGGCCUUUAUCAGCCGUCUACUUGGAGAGCAGAUCGGCAAGGAAACUCAGUACUUUUGGAUCGGGCUGCAGGACAUUAAGAACACAGGGGAGUACCAGUGGAUGAGCGAGGAUGGGUCCACGGGUGUGGUUACUUACACCAACUGGGGUUGGUUUGAACCAGUCAGGGUUGGAGGCUGUGCAGCGAUUUCCACUGCAAAACCCUUGGGCAAAUGGGAGGUGAAGAACUGUACCAUUUUUAAGGCUGGCACCAUUUGUAGAAAAGACCUCGGCCCACCCCCGCCCCCUGAACCAGAGCCAAACCCCAACGCAACCUGUCCUGAUGGAUGGGUGUCCAGACCAGACAUCAAAAAUUGCUACAAGGUGUUUCAUGAGGAAAGGCUGAGCAGGAAGCGCUCCUGGGAGGAAGCUGAGAGGUUCUGUCAGUCUCUGGGAGCUCACCUGGCCAGCUUCACGAGCAACAGAGAGAUGAGGGCCCUGCACAGCAUCAUAAGAGACAGCAUCAGUGACAAUCGGUACUUCUGGGUCGGCCUGAACAGGAGAAACCCAGCCGAUCGCUCCUGGCAGUGGAGUGACAGUCAGCCUGUAUCUAUGGAAGUUUUACACUUAGAUUUCCAUGAGGACGAUGCCUACAGUCGGGAUUGCACUGCAUUCAAGACGACCAGAAGCACCUUGAAACACCUGUUUGUGUUUCUGCUGCACGACUUACCUCCCACGCCUUUCUAUGCCACACCGUUUCACUGUGACGCCAGGCUAGAGUGGGUCUGCCAAAUACCCCGCGGAAAGGAACCCAAGAACCCAGAGUGGUACAAUCCUGGUGGACACCAUGAGACGUCUAUCUUCAUUGAUGGAGCCGAAUUUUGGUUUGUCACGGAGCCAAAGCUGACUUUCGAGGAGGCAAAGCUCUUUUGCAGUAUGAAUGACAGCAGACUGGCUGCACCAGUCACCGUAUCUGCUGCCGGACAGAUCCAACAGCAACUAAAAGAUAUAUCGAGUUCUCCCAAGCAAAACUGGUGGGUGGAUUUGAGUGAGCCUGCCCGGGUAUUUCCCCUGACGUACGCCCAGAUGUUCUUCUAUCAUUCGGUUUUCCUGGGCAGAUGCACCUCCGUCAGUCCUGAAAACUUGUUUCCAGUGUAUGAACGCAGUUGCCAGAAGCAAUUGCCCUUUGUGUGUGAGAAACACAACGUCACGUCGGUGGAGAGGAACCCUCUGGAGCCUCAACCUGAAGGACUGCCCUGUGGAAAUGGAUCUCUGUCCUUCAGAAAUAAGUGCUACACACUGAUGACAAGCUUGAAGCCUGUGUCCUUCAAGUAUGCCAGUGACGAAUGCCAGUCGGUGAGGGGAACCCUGGUCACUAUAUCCGAUCAGGUGGAGCAAGACUUCGUCACCACCCUUUUGCCGGGCAUGAGAAACAUGGAGAGGAUAUGGAUUGGUCUGAAAAUCAAACGUGACGACCCUCAGUGGGCGGACCAGACCCCGGUUAACUACCUCAAUUUCAACCCCCUGCUUCUGGGCAUGCACAGGGCCAUAAAAGUCAACACAUGGGAUCUGGAGAGUAUGGAAUUGUGUGUAUUUUUGCUCAAUAACCCCAACUCUAACAUGCUGGGUACCUGGGACUAUUCUUCUUGUACGCAAUUUCAGAAUGUGGCCAUUUGCCAGCACUACGCAGAUAAACUGGAGGAGCCGCACAUCCCAACAGAGCCCUUCAACGUCAAUAACCACACCAUCCUGCUGCUUAAGAAAAAUCUCACCUGGUUUGAGGCCUUAGAGCAGUGUGGAAGUAACAACAUGGACCUGGCAAGUGUCGCGGAUACCUUCCUGCAGUCCACCCUCACUGUGCAUGUGAGCCGUGCACGCACGCCCAUGUGGAUCGGCCUCUUUAGCGAAGACGAUGGGAUCCACUACCGCUGGACUGACCACAGUCACACUGUGUUCAGUCGCUGGUCCUCUGAUGUCACCAGUGGCCGCUGUGUCUACCUGGACACCGAUGGUUUCUGGAAAGCCACCGAGUGUGAGGAGGAGCUAGGGGGCGCUAUCUGCCACAAGCCACACAACGAGAUCAUCACCACACCAGAGGAUGUUGCAGUGAAGUGCCCCCACAAGAUUAAUGGUCCAAACUGGAUCCCCUUCAAGAACAACUGCUACUCCUUCCAGCUGGUCGCCACCAGAUGGCAACAGUUUGACCAAGGGCAGAUUCAAGAUACCUGCAGAAAAUUUCAUGCAGGUGCAGACAUCCUAACCAUCCGAAAUAAAGAGGAGAACGAGUUUAUAAAGCAGCAGCUCAUACCGUUUCAGACCUUGGCCCAGUUUGUCUGGCUGGGGCUGUACAAAGAUAACAACGAUAACCAGAUGAAGUGGUACGAUGGCACAAAUGUCCAAUAUUCCAACUGGGCAAAAGGCAGACCAGAAGUAGACAGACCAUUCUUGGCUGGUCUCACCGUUGACGGCAACUGGAUUCUCAUCUCAAGGCCGAGCUUAUUCGCAGAGUUCAAACAAAGGACCAUUGUGACCUGCAAACUGGACAACGAAUUGAAACACGAGUACAACAAGUCAUCCUUGGAUUUUCAACAGUACGGCAACUUAACUUACGAGGUUGUUACCCAAAAGCUAAAUUGGCAGCAGGCUCUGAAAGAGUGCGGUCAGCGUGGCGGCCACCUGGCAAGCAUCCACGAUAUCGAGCACGACGCACACGUGAAGCUCAUCGCCAAGACGGACGGCUUCUCGCUGUGGAUUGGCCUGUCGAACCAAGAUGUCAGUGGCUCAGCCUUUGAGUGGUCUGAUGGAACAAAGUUUGACUACAAAGCCACCAUCUCAGACUCACAGGAGGGCUCCAGCUCAGACAAACAAGAGGCCAGCUGUGUGACUAUAACCCCUGAUGGAGCCUGGGCGAGGACCAGCUGUAAUACGCUGGUAAACGGAGCCCUCUGCUACACCACCAGCAUCACAACCGCCUCCCAGAGAGCCAGACCGCAGGUUGCCCCAGCGGCCAAUCGCUGCCCUCAGAGCGGCGGUGGGUCCAUGUGGGUGCAGCACGAGGAUCACUGUUACGCCUUUGACAUGAGCUUCUACAACUACAGCGUGUACAGCAUGGAGCAGGCCAGGAGCAUCUGUCAGAGCAUGGAUGCUCAAGUACUGACCUUAAAAACCAAAGAGGAGAACGACUUUGUGUCAAAGUACAUGUUUGAUGACCCUCUCAUCACCAGUCGAGUGUGGCUCGACGUGGAGCUUGAUAAGCAAGGUAAACCUGUGUCCUGGCAGGACGGCUCGGCUCUGGCUUACUCCAACUGGAAGUCUGACCCUGGGGUUACUGUGAAGACGUCGGAGCCCUACUGUGCCGUCAUGGUUGCAGGAGAUGAAGGAUCCUGGAAACUUGUCAGCUGCAAGAGCAGCUACAGUCGUGUUGUCUGCCAAACUGCAGCAAAGUCUGAAGGCUCACCAGUGGCGCUGGGUCUCUUCAUCGUGGUCAUCAUCGCUCUCAUUUUAGUCGUCGGCUUUAUCGUCUACAAGAAGAAAAGAGCCUACUUCACUUCCACCGUCCGCUACAGGAGGACGUUUGAUGACGCAGAUGGCACCAGUAUUAUAACAGAUGCUGACUGAGCUCGCUUUAGUAAUCAGCCUCAGGGAGUAUCGAUGUGCCUUGUGUGCAUUGUCGUACUUUUCAGCAAGAGCAGAUGCAGCCUCUCCCCUUUUUUUAAAUUAUUUAUUUAUCCUGCUCAAGCCUGCAAAAAUUUCUAGAAUGACGUGUAAAACUGUAAAUAUUGUUAGAGAAUUGUGAAUAUCCGUCAAUUCAGUUUCUUAAUUUGGGUUAUUUUAGAUUUUGUUUAUUAAGGGCCCUGUGUUAUACCUAAUGUAAAUACUGGGGCUGACGCUCUCUGGUAAAUGUUGAUCGUUAGUGGGAUGUUAAGUUUGAUGUUAUGUUUUCUUUGUUUUUGGGGGGGGGGGGUUAGAUUGUAAAAAGAUUUUGACUUGAUUUACAGAAACCCAACAAAACACUCCCAUUCAGCCUUAUGACUGGAGUUAAAUUGCACUGAUGUAUGACUGACUCCAAACUAUCAGAAACAAAACGUCCAUUUACUGUUUUAAAUCUAUUUACAUUACUCAGUCUAAUCAACUGAUUUUUCAACUGCUGAUCACACAGUUACAACUAACCAAUACAUUAAUAGACUUUUUAAAGGGCCAGUUCACCUGAAAAUACAGGUACAGAAAAAACUUGCUUUUCUUUGACUUGCACGGUUAGGGUUAGGGUUAGGGUUAUAUAGUUUCUCUUUCAAUACUCACAAUACUGCCCAGACGUCACUAUCAAUAGUUUCAGAGCUAAUGUUCUCUCCCAAAGUACGACCCAUAACUGUCUACCAGAAAAAAGAAGACACUACAAACUGUAGCUCUCAUGUAUGUCAUGUAAUUUACACUGACUAUGUUUACAUGCAUACUGGUAUUCCAGUAUUAUUCCAAAUAUGGGCGGUGAGGUGGUGCAGGGGGAGGGUUGGAGGAGCCCUUCAGUGUGGAGUUUGCAUGUUCUCCCUGGGUACUCCGGCUUCCUCCCACAGUCCAAAGACAUGCAGGUUAACUGGUGACUCCAAAUUGGCCGUAGGUGUAAAUUUGAGUGUGAAUGGUUGUCUGUCUCUAUGUGUCAGCCCUGCGAUAGUCUGGUGACCUGUCCAGGGUGUACCCUGCCUCUUGCAAUGUCAGCAGGGAUAGGCUCCAGCCCCCCUGCGACCCUCAAGAGGAUAAGUGGUUACGAAAAUGGAUGGAUGGAUGGAUGCUUAAGACAUGAUUCUGAUUAAGAUAUGUGGGAUUCCGGUUUAAGGAGCAUUCUUUGGACAUGUACAAAGCGCAUUCAGAAUAUGCACCUCAACUGGGGGUUUUACCGCAGUGUGAGUCACAUGGCCUCUUGUCUGUUUACAGUUAGCUCUAUGUGUUGUCAUGGAUACAGUGUGCACAAACCAACUCACCAGGAGUUUGCAAGAAAGUUUGGUGUAGAGAUGCAUGCCCAAAAGAAAAGCCCACAUUUGUGGUUGGAAGGAGAAACACACCUGCUUUUAAACAAUAUGAGAGACUUGGAUAUCAGCAGGUUUUUGGAUAUGGACAAAUAUGGCAACGUCGACCUUUUUAAGAAGGUAGCUUAAGGGAUGAAAGAGGAAAGCUGUGUUGACACAGUCUAACAAGUACAUCACCCAGAGAAAACUCUAGUCCUAGUCCUAUUUGAUGUAAAGAAGCAGCUGUUCCACUUUCCUGUAUUAUGGCGUGAAAAACAUGUUAGGGAGCGUUAAUCGGAGUAUGCACAGUCGCGUGUUAACAGAAAGAUUAGUGUAAUAUUGAUUUUCAUUAGCCAUGUAAACAGCUCAGUGGGAAUAUAGUCUUUUUCAGAAUAUUUUGUGCAUGUGAACGUAGUCGGUGUUUUUGAAAUGUGACAUCGAGCUCCACUUUUUGGCCCGGGUGACAGCUGAUAUCUCCAAACCUUAGCAAGUCACAGUAAAACUAUCUGUGCUGAGAGACUGCACUGUGGUCAAGAAAACACAUUUGUAUUUUUAGUUGAACUGCCUUUAAAUAAGUGGAAAAAAAGGAUGGAUAAAAAAAAGAAUCUCACUCACUGUGCCUUUAACAUCACUGCUUUAGAAGAAAUGGGAGUAUUGAAGCCACUGGAUAGGGUUAUUUUCAGUGUAUUUACAGAUUCAGUUGACUUAAUGAUGCCAAACUAUAUGUUUUAGUUCUUAAUGCAUAAAUUAUGAAAGAGAGAAAUCUGAGAGUUUAGUCCUGCUGAUUAGUUUGAAAGGUUUAGGACACUGUCUUAACCUCAGAAUGAUCCAGACAUGUUUGUGUGAUUUGUCUGUUUGUGUAGACCUGACUUUCCUAUGCACUUAACUACUGAGCAAGAACGCACUUUAAUAUGUUGUGGAGCUUCAGUUCCUCACUAUGUUUAAGCACAUUGAGCUUUGGAGAGUUUUUAAAAAGACGUUCAGAUUGCACUGGCAUUUGCUGUGAAUGCUUUGUAAAUAUGUUUUAUAACUAAGAAUGAACCAAAGAUGCUCUGAGUCGUUUGAAUGUCAAAAAGCCUGAGCUUUCCUUUCACUCUGUGGGUCUGCCUCAGUGCGGCUUGUAACCCAUUCAUAUCACGUUGUAAACCAAAUCGUAGUGGGUUGGGUUUUUGUUUUUUUGUUUUGUUUUUCUUAAACUUUCCCAACACUCCUAAACAGAUCUCACUCAAAUCAGGUACAGUACCCUUCCAAUAAAAUUUUCUUUCUUCAAA